CCGCCCCCCCGCGGCGCGCGCCGCCCGGCGUGUGUGCUCACCGCCCGCCGGCACCCGCGAGCACGGCGCCCCAGCCCGCCCGAGGCGCGCUCGUCCGAGACGCGCAGCCCGCAACCUCGUUGCGGUGGGUGCCCCAGCGUGUAGUGGCGGCGGCCCAGUGGCUGACUGCCCCCUCACCACGCCGGGCUCCCCUGAGCGCCUCGGCCUCCUCGCGCCGCGCCGCGGGCGCGGGCUCCUGAGAAGCGUGGCCAGGUCCCGGGCCUGCGGCGGUUCGGGGGCGAGAGCGGAGGUGGCAGUCCCGUGAGCCGCAGGAAUGGGCGCGGGGGCGCCGCCCCCAAGCGACGCGGAGAACUGGGGUAUCUUUCAGGAUUAGGAACCCAUGCCACACUCACCGGCUCAACUGAGAAAGCAUUACCAUGCCAGGUAAAGGGAAAAGAAAAGGCCGAGGCAAGUCCCAUGGGAAAAAGCAGAAGAAACCGGAAGUGGACAUCUUCAGCCCCGCCGCGAUGCUGAACCUCUACUACAUCGUCCACAACGUCGCCGGCUGCCUGCACCUGCGCGGCUUCCGCUGGCCAGGCGCUACCAAGUCAAAGAAGGGGGAAAACAAGACUUAAGCCAGAGCGUUUCCCAGCUUCUCUCUACUACAGAGGGCAGAACUUGGGGAAGAGAAAUCAGGAUAAUACCACUGUUGCAAGCAAAAUAGACUUUACUGAAGACAAUUUGAGAUGCAAGCUAAGUGUGCUUUUCAGUGGUAGUUAAUGCUAAAUGCAUUUUACUUCCUCAGCUAAACCCGGGUAUGGUGAGCCACUUUGGUUUUUCAGUAGUUAAGAGGGGGAAAAAAAGUCCGAGUAAUUCCCACAUGGUGGUGGAAUUGAUAGGACUGUAAAAAAUUAUUAUAAGUCUGGGUCAGAAUUAAACCUCGCUCUCCAAAGGCAGUUCUAGCUUGCAUGAGUUGUUUUCUUUUACCAAAGGGGGUCUGUUAUUUAGAGAAGACAUGGCAAAAGCACAGAAUUUGCUUAUGUGUCCCUCUUUUGGGCACAGUUUCCUUUCCUCAUCUUUUUCUGGAAAAAUAAUAAAUAUUUUGUUUUUAUAAUUUUCUUCUCAGAGGUCUGACUCUUGUCUGAUUCGAAUUAGCCACAGACAGCGGUAGAGACCAGGGUUGUCAGUCCUGCUCUGAACCUGCUAGUGUGCAGGAACAGGGGCUCAAAUGAGCUGACAGCGUCAGUGGUUGGAGCACGGGGAGAAGGGGGCCAAUCAGCCCCCGUCCCUCUCUCCUUUCUCUUUCACCUGACUCUUCUUUGUCUUUUUCUACACAUUUACAUCUUCCCACCUUCUGCAGCCUUUCUUUUAAACUUGGCUGACUCUGAGUUUUGGAGUUGGUGCUAGAAAUGUAC